UUCCUUCAGAUGGAGAACAGUAACUGGACCACUGCCCAAGAGUUUAUCUUCUCUGCAUUCCCUAGAGACUGGGGAGAUGCUCUGACCUGCUUUGUCCCACUCCUCUUCAUUUAUGCCUUCAUCCUUAUUGGGAACUUGAUCGUCAUCACAGUUGUCCAGCUGAAUGCUCACCUCCACACCCCCAUGUAUUUCUUUAUCAGUACUCUCUCUUUCCUGGAGAUCUGGUUUACCACAACCUGUAUCCCACUCAUGUUAUCAAGCCUGCUAAGUGAGAAGAAGAACAUUUCCUUAAAUAUCUGUAUGGUGCAAUUGUAUUUCUUCCACUCCACAGGCAUCAGUGAAAUGUGCCUUUUGGGAGCCAUGGCUUUUGAUCGCUAUUUGGCCAUUUGCAAACCCCUUCAUUAUCCAACCAUCAUGACUCCCAGACUAUGUGUCCAGUUGAUCCUAGUCUGCUGUGUCUGUGGCUUCAUCACACCCCUGCCUGAGGUUGUGUGGAUCUCCACACUGCCAUUCUGUGACUCUAAUCGCCUGGAGCAUGUCUUCUGUGACUUCUUCCCACUUCUCCGCCUGGCCUGCACAGAUACCCAGGCUAUUAUUAUGAUCCAGGUGGUUGAUGUGAUCCAUGCUAUGGAGAUAGUUGCAGACAUAUUCUUCAUCCUCCUCUCCUAUGCUGGCAUUGUGGUAGUGGUCCUGCGCAUCCGUUCAGCUGAAGGUCGCCGUAAAGCCUUCUCUACUUGUGCCUCCCACCUGAUGGUUGUUUCACUAUUCUUUAGUACAGUGGGACUCACAUACCUCCGUUUCUCAGACACUCACUCUUUAAUCUGGGACAUAGCUACUGCCUUGGCAUUCACAGUUUUGUGCCCAUUUUUCAACCCCAUUAUCUACAGUUUGAGAAAUAAAGAGAUUAAGGAAACUAUAAAAAAGUACAUGAGUCAGCCAAGGAUCUUUUCUCAUAAGACCAGAUGA